AUGGCGACUAAAUUAACAAAAAUAGAACUAGAUGCAAUAAUUGCUGUCACAUCACUUUAUGUGAUGAAAGAAGAUUCCUUUUUAAGCAGUAGCGAUAGUGGUAGUGAAUCAUUUGAAAGUGACUUUUCAAGUGAUGAAGAAAGUGAGGAGUCAACUCUAUAUGCCAUUCUUAUGGUAGGAAACACAAGAGGAGAGAAUAUUCUUUGUGAAAUAUUAAGAGAUUAUGUUGAACGAGUCGUACCAGGAUAUUCACGUCUACAAUUUAAGGAACACUUCAGGAUGUUUCCUGAAACAUAUGAAAUGAUUUUACAUCUGAUUGGGCCAGCUUUAUGUAAAACUAAUGCAACAGGAAGAAAGCAACUACAUCCAGGAAAGCAAUUGUUAAUAUUAUUAUUGUUUUUGGCUACUCCAGACAGCUAUAGAUCCAUACAUGUUCAAUUUGGAGUUGGAAAAACAACGGUGUUCAGAGCAGUAAGGCGAAUAACAUACGCUUUACAUUGCCUAGCACCAAUAUUUAUUCGAUGGCCAAAAGGCGAAGCAGUAAAUCGUACCAUAGAAGAAUUUUCUAAAUUAAGAGGUUUUCCAAAAGUAAUUGGAGCUCUGGAUGGAUCAUAUAUUAAAAUUCGAGCUCCAGUGAAGGAUGCUACUUCAUAUAUAUGUAGGAAACAAUUCCAUGCUAUUUACUUGCAGGCUGUAUGUGAUGCAAAAUCUGUAUUUACGCAUUGUUAUGCAGGACAUGUUGGCUCAAUGCAUGAUGCAAGAGUCUUUAGAAAUUCCGCACUUGCACAUUAUAUUGAGACGCCAAAUGAGUAUUUUCUUUUAGACUCGCAUAUUAUAGCAGAUUCUGCAUAUGCAAUUCACCCGCAUGUAAUAGUUCCAUUUAAAGAUAAUGGGCACCUAACAGCACUUCAAAAAAAUUACAAUUUUUGUUUAUCCUCGACUAGAAUGCCCAUAGAACGAGCUUUCGGCUUGUUAAAAGUUCGGUUUCGUAUUUUAUUAGACUGUUUACUUUUAAGGGGUAACAUCAGUGUAGAAUUUUGA